CACUGGAUUCAAUCCUUAGCACCACAUAAAAAGAAAGAAAUAGAGAAUGUAUUAUCUACAACUUAAAAAAAAAUAAAAUAAAAAGAGAGGGUCCCACUCUUUGCAGAGGCUGACCUGACCUUGGGCUCCUCUAGCUUUAAUCUCCCAGAGAAGCUGUGCUUUGUUUUUGUGUUGAGGUUAAACCCAGGGCCUCCUCAUGCUGGGAAAGCACUCUAUGGCUGAAGCCUAGCUCAGCGCCAGGUGUCACCUCUGUACCAGAGGCUAAGCCAAGGCUUCCCACCUGGAUUAGUCCCCAGCACAGCUGAAAAGCUCAACCUGAAAAGGGCUGGAGCCAGGAAUAUGUCACUCUACCCAAUUUCAGGCAGUGAUUGGAUGAUGCUGGCUGUCUGUCACGAUGCAGAGGCGGGCCUGGAGGCCCUCCAUCCCGGAUGCUGGGGGAACUGCCCAAUCAGUGCGCAGAGGGAGAGGAAGGGCGGGCUUCCGCAAUAUCGCGGGUUUUUCUUCCUCAGCGACUUGGCCUUUCAUCCUUCAAGCCAAGGGUUUUCUGCUCCAGGGACUCAGGUGACUCUGCGCUGCCUGUGUCCCCCGUCACCCCCAUCUCAGGUGCCUCGAGGUUCCUCGAGAGGAUGCCAGGUCACCACAGAAGGCAAAAAUGAUGUCAGUGACCUUUGAGGAUGUGGCUGUGAACUUCAUGCAGGAGGAGUGGGAUUUGCUGGAUGCUUCCCAGAAGAACCUUUACAGAGAUGUGAUGCUGGAAGUCCUCAGAAACCUGGCAUCUAUAGGAAACAAAUGUGAUGAGAAGAACAUUGAAAAUCAGAUCAAAAAUUCUGGGAGCAAUCUAAGGCAGAUCACAUCUCACUAUGUCCCCGAACGCUACAAGCAUGAAGAAUGUGAGGAGAAGCCAUGUGAAUUGAAACUAUACAGGAAAUCUCUGGUUUCUCUCAAAACUGUUCACACACAAAUGUUAACACAAACUGGAGAUGGACCCUAUGAGAGUACAGUAUGUGGAAAAGUCAUCAGUUGUUCGAAUGACAUUCAAAGGCAUGAAGAUUCUCGUACUGAGUGGCAACCUGAUGAAUGUCAACAAUGUGAUGAAGCCUCAUCUUCUCCCACAGAUGUUCAAAAUCACACAAGAACACAUAGGGGAGGUAAAGCUUUUCAAUGUGAGGUAUGUGGGAAAGCCUUUCAUUCCCCCACUUUAUUUAGAAGACAUGAAAGAACUCAUUCUGGAGAGAAAUCCCAUGAGUGUAAAGAAGGUGGUAAAACCUUGGUUUCACCCACAGGUCUACACAGUCACGUGGUCACGCACACUGGGAAAGUACUUUUUAAAUGUAACAUAUGUGGGAAAGACUUUGCUUACCGAAGUUUAUUUAGAAUACAUCAGAGAAAACAUACUGGAGAGAAGCCCUAUCAAUGUCAACAAUGUGGAAAAGCCUAUACUACUUCAACUUACCUUCAGAUACAUAAACAAAUCCAUGCUGGAGAGAAGCCCAAUGAAUGCCAACAAUGUGGAAAAGUCUUCACUACUUCUUCUUCCCUUCACACACAUGAACGGACUCAUACUGGAGAGAAGCCUUUUGAAUGCAAUCAGUGUGGCAAAGCUUUUGCUCAAUCAUCUACCCUUCACAAACAUAAAAAAACUCAUACGAAAAAGAAACCCUAUGAAUGUCAACAAUGUGGGAAAGCCUGCCCUAGUUUGUCUUACCUUCAGAGACAUGAACGUAGGCAUACUGGAGAGAAGCCCUAUGAAUGUACGCAGUGUGGCAAAGCCUUCACUCGGUCCAAUCGCCUUCACUCACAUGAAAAAUCUCAUACUGUGGAGAAGCCCUAUGAAUGUCAACAAUGUGGGAAAGCCUUCAGUACUUCUUCCUACCUUCAGAUACAUGAGCGGACUCAUAGUGGGGAGAAGCCCUAUGAGUGUAAACAGUGUGGCAAAGCUUUUGCUCUGUCGUCUACCCUUCACUCACAUAAAAAAACUCAUACGAAAAAGAAACCCUAUAAAUGUCAACAAUGUGGAAAAGUCUUCACUACUUCUUUUCAGCUUCAUAGACAUGAACGAACGCAUAGUGGAGAGAAGCCCUAUGAAUGCAAGCAGUGUGGCAAAGCCUUCACUAACUCCUCUAUACUUCACAGACAUGAAAGAACACAUAUGAAAAAGAAAGCCUAUAAAUGUCAACAAUGUGGGAAAGCCUUCACUACUUUGUCUUACCUUCAGAUACAUGAACAAAUCCAUACUGGAGAGAAGACCAAUGAAUGCCAACAAUGUGGAAAAGUCUUCACUACUUCUUCUUCCCUUCAUAGACAUGAAUGGAUUCAUACUGGAGAGAAGCCCUGUGAAUGUAAGCAGUGUGGCAAAGCCUUCACUAACUCCUCUAUACUUCACAGACAUGAAAAAACUCAUACUAGAGAGAAACCCUAUGAAUGCCAACAAUGUGGGAAAGCCUGCAGUACUUUGACUUUCCUUCAGAGACAUGAACAAAUCCAUACUGGAGACAAGCCCAAUGAAUGCCAACAAUGUGGAAAAGUCUUCACUUCUUCUUACAACCUUCACAGACAUGAACGAACGCAUACUGGAGAGAAGCCCUAUGAAUGUAAGCAGUGUGGCAAAGCCUUCACUCGGUCCACUCACCUUCACUCACAUGAAAAAACUCAUACUGGGGAGAAGCCCUAUGAAUGUCAACAAUGUGGGAAAGCCUUCAGUACUUCUUCCUACCUUCAGAUACAUGAGCGGACUCAUACUGGGGAGAAGCCCUAUGAAUGUAAGCAGUGUGGGAAAGCCUUCACUGACUCCUCUAUACUUCACAGACAUGAAAGAAAACAUACUAGUGACAAAUCCUAUGGAUGUCAACAAUGUAGCAAAGUUUUCACUGACUCCUCUAAAUUUCACAGACAUGAAAGAACACAUACUAGAGAGAAAUCCUAUGAAUGUCAACAAUGUGGGAAAGCCUGCCCUACUUUGUCUUACCUUCAGAGACAUGAACAAAUCCAUACUGGACAGAAUCCGAAGGAAUGCAAACAAUGUGGAAAAGUCUUCACUUAUUCUUCUAACCUUCACAGACAUGAACGGACGCAUACUGGAGAGAAGCCCUAUGAAUGUAAGCAGUGUGGCAAAGCCUUCACUCGGUCUACUCACCUUCACUCACAUGAAAAAACUCAUACUGGGGAGAAGCCCUAUAAAUGUAAGCAGUGUGGCAAAGCCUUCACUCAAUCCCAUCAUCUUCACAGACAUGAAAAAAAGCAUACUGGAGAGAAGCCUUAUGAAUAUCAGUGUGGAAAACCCCUUGACACAUCCAGUAAACCUCACAUACAUGGAAGUAUUCAUGCAGAAGAGAAGCCUAAUGAAUACCAACAAUGUGGAAAAGUCUUUUUCUUGCUUUUUCUUUCACAACAUGAAGCGAUUCACACUCAAGAGAAACCCUAUGAAUGUAAGCAGUGUGGGAAAGCCUUCACUCAGUCCACUCAUCUUUGCUCACAUGAACGAACUCAUACUGGAGAGAAGCCCUAUGAAUGUCAUCAAUGGGGAAAAACCUUUGUUAUAUCCCAUCAGCUUCACUUACAUGAACAAACUCAUAUUGCAAAGAAAUUGUACUGAUGAAAACAAUUGGCAAAGACUUCUGUUAUUACUGUUCUUCUCAUCAACAUGUUGGAAGUUUACUGGAGAAAAAUUCUUUAAAUGUGAAAUGUGGUGGAUCAAUAUUUCUUGUCUCCUUCAAACACACUGCUCACUCUGCUGAAUUUUGUACUGGGGAUUGCACUGCAGAUUUGGUCUGGUGGCCCUCUACCACUGAGACACAUCCUCAUUCUUUUUGAUAUUUUUAAUUUUGAGACAGAGACUUGCUGAGUUCCUUAGGGUUUUUCAAAAAUGCUGAUGCUGGCCUCAAACUUGUGAUCCUUUAGCCUAAGUCUCCCAAGUCUCUGGGAUUAAAGGCAUACAUCACCACAUCUGGCUGAAUAACUGUUUAAAUGUGAAAAAAUAUAGCAAAUCAUUCCAUUUUCCCUGUUGUCUUCAAACCCAUUUCCCUCACUGGAAAACAAACACUCUGAAUGGGGACGAUUUGCUAUACUCUAUCAGUUUAAUGUUCUAGACCUAAUUUUCUUCUCUUUUAUGAAAAUUCUCAUGGAGAGAAGCCCUAUGAAUGUAAAAAAUGUGGGAAAUCUUUUAAUUUUUGUAGUUUCUUCUGAGUACUAGAAAGAUACUUUUGGAAAGAUUCAUGCCAAAAUGAAUAAAUCCUAUGCAAAUAAGAAA